AGAGACGCAACCCGCACCACUCACACCGACACGAUUUACUCCGGGUUUCAACCCAAAUACGAGGAUUUUUCCACUCGGUUCCGCGCGUGUUUACAGACCUAAAGCGUGUCCGUGGGAUUCGGGGCUUUUUGCGCUUUUGCGCGGAUCUGUUGAGUUUCGAACCCGCGGCGUGGUGCUUACAUUUCUAACAACGAUUAUUCAACACGAACCGCGUCGUUCUGGCUCGGACAGACUCAGCACACACGGUUAGAACCGGAUUCACGGUGCUGUGCGUGGACUGGAGCUUCGCAGACGGCGCGUCGCAGUGAACUGGUGCGCAUGUGAGCGCGUAAAAACGCGUCCGCGGCUCCGGGGGGCGAAUUUAUGAGCAAAACAUGCACCAGACUGGACGAGUUGUGGAUUAAUUACUAGUUUAUUCUGAAAUCUGGAAGGUGGAAGUUUUGAAGACGAUAAUAAGGAGAUCGAGGGGGGUUUAAAUCCCUGCAUAUUUGAACCUAAAAGGAGCUGCUGGGUUUUUUUUGCGCAAUAUUGGAUAAGUCGAAUUUCUCAGAAGUGAACUGGUGAACCUGCAGGCCCGAUAAACACAUGUCAGUCUGGACUCAGCGCACAUCUCACAUGGAGUUUGUUUAUUCCUGAUUGUUGUCAGCCUGAAUAGGAAAAUAUGAAGAAGAUUUGCGUUAAUUUAUUUUAUUUAACAGAAGAAUAUAUUUUUUAUUCCAGUCUGCUGCGAGAGAAACUGAAUAAGAAAUAAACAGAGAAAGAAAACAGAGUGAAGCUCCACGUUGGGCAACAGUCCGCCCUCAACUUUCCAGACCUUUCCUGCUUUUUUGGGGUUGUUGUUGCAACACAGGGUCGUUUAUUAAAAAGAAGAAGUUUUGGACGUGACUUAAACCUAAACGGAUUAAUUUGUCUAAAAUUAAAACACUGGAGAUCAGAACGGGAGUCACAAUGCGCCCGGAUCCCUGCCUGGCUGUUUUGGUGACUUUUCUGGUGCUUGUGUUUCAGUGUGGAUGUCUGCAUGCUGAGAUCUGCCCCAGUAAGGACAUCCGGAACAACGUGAGUAACCUGCGCUCCCUGGAGAACUGCACGGUGAUCGAAGGCCACCUGAAGAUCCUCCUCAUGUUCAAGACGCGAGCCGAGGACUUCCGGGGCCUGAGCUUCCCCAAGCUGGUCAUGAUCACCGACUACAUGCUGCUGUUCCGCGUCUACGGCCUGGACAGCCUCACCUCGCUCUUCCCCAACCUGGCCGUGAUCCGCGGCAACAACCUGUUCUUCAACUACGCGCUGGUGAUCUUCGAGAUGCUGCAGCUGAAGGAGGUGGGUCUGCACAGCCUGGUGAACAUCACGCGCGGCGCCGUGCGCAUGGAGAAGAACCCCGACCUGUGCUACCUCUCCACCCUGGACUGGUCCAAGAUCCUCGACUCGGCCGAGGACAACUACAUCGUGGCCAACAAGAACGAGAGCGAGUGCAGCGACGUCUGUCCCGGCACCGUGUCCGGAGACUUCACCUGCACCCAGACCGCCUGGAACUCCAAUUUUGGGGUGCGCUGCUGGAACCAGGAUCACUGCCAAAAGAUUUGCCCGACGACGUGUAAACAUCGCUCCUGCACCUCGGCCAAUCAGUGCUGCCACGAGGAGUGCCUGGGCGGCUGCUCCGAGCCGGGCGCCGCCGAAGCUUGCGUGGCCUGUCGGCACUAUCUACACGGCGAUUCCUGUGUGGAGCGAUGCCCCGCCGGGUACUACACCUAUAAAGGGUGGCGCUGCGUCUCCUUCCAGUUCUGUCAGGAUCUUCACAACCAGUGCAAGCAGAACAAGACCAAAGACUGCCACGAGUACGUCAUCCACGAAGGAGCCUGCAUCAAGGAAUGUCCUUCAGGAUAUACCAUCACUGACUCCACGCUGAACUGCACCCCCUGCACCGGUCGUUGCCCCAAACUGUGCGUGGGCAUGAAGUUUAUCGACUCGGUGACGGCGGCUCAGGCUCUGCGCGGCUGCACCGUCCUCAACGGCAGCCUGGUCAUCAAGAUCCGCGGCGGCAAUAACAUAGCGGCGGAGCUGGAGGCCAACCUGGGUCAGCUGGAGGAGAUCACGGGUUAUCUGACCAUCCGCCGCGCCUACGCCCUGGUCUCGCUGUCCUUCCUGCGAAAGCUACGCGUCAUCCGCGGAGAGACGCAAGACGUCGGGAACUACUCGUUUUAUGCUCUGGAUAACCAGAACCUGCGGCAGCUCUGGGACUGGUCCAAACACGACCUGAAAAUCCUGCAGGGUCGCAUGUUUUUUCACUACAAUGCCAAACUCUGCCUGUUGGAAAUCCGCAAAAUGGAAGAAGUGACGGGCACCAAGGCUCGGCAGGUCAAGAACGACAUCGCCCUGCGUACCAACGGAGACCAGGCUUCCUGUGAAAACCAACGCCUGAAUUUUACUGAAAUCCGAACCAUGUCCAAGAAGAUCAUUAUCAUGUGGGAGCCGUUCUGGCCGAAGGAUUUCCGAGACUUGCUGGGCUUCAUGGUGCUCUAUAAGGAAGCACCGUAUCAGAACGUGACUGAGUUCGACGGUCAGGACGCCUGUGGUUCUAACAGCUGGGUGAUCACAGACGUGGAGCCUCCUCAGAGAGCCACAGACGGGAAGAAGCAGUCGGACCCCGGCUGCCUCCUCAUGCCGCUCAAACCCUGGACUCAGUACGCCAUCAUGGUGAAGACGCAGCUCUCCGUUUCGGACGAGCACCAGGUCUACGGCGCCAAGAGCGAGAUCAUCUACGUCCGAACCAACGCCAGCCGACCGUCGGUGCCUUUGGACCCGAUCUCCUCCUCGAACUCAUCCUCUCAGAUCAUCCUGAAAUGGAAACCUCCCACCGAACCCAACGGCAACAUCACCCACUACCGCGUCUCCUACCAAAAACACGCCAGCGAGCAGUACAUGUUCGACUACUGCCAGAAAGGAAUGAAGGUGCCGACUCAAACCCCCACCCGCUACAGUACAGAGAAGGAGCACAAGUGGAAUCAGACGGAGGAACAGAAUCAGGGCAGCACCUGCUGUACCUGCCCCAAAACCGAAGCCCAGCUGAAGAAGGAGGCAGAGGAGAGCGAGUUCCGCAAGACCUUCGAGAACUACAUCCACAACAUGGUCUUUGAACCAAAACCUAUGAACCGUCGGCGUCGCUCGGUGGGCGUGGCAAACUCCACCCUCUCGUCCCUCUUUACCCAGUCCCCAAAUCUGCCCAAUGGCUCUGCCCCUACUCUGGAACCCCCCGAGGAGAAGAGGAAAGCAGUGCUGACAGUCAGCACCAAAGAAUCCAUCGUCAUCUCCAACCUGCAUCAUUUCACCAGUCACCAGAUCGAGAUCCAGGCCUGCAAUCACCUUACAGACCUGGCGUACUGCAGUGCCCCCACCUACGUCAGUGCCCGCACCAUGCCCGAGGAAAAAGCCGACGAUAUUUUGGGCAGCGUGACCCAUGAGAUCUUCCCGGAGGAACCAGAGUUUGUGUACAUCAAGUGGCAGGAGCCCAAAUCUCCAAACGGCUUGAUCAUGCUGUACGAGGUUAAUUACCAUCGCCUCUCAGAUAACGAGGAGAUGCAUCACUGUGUGAGCAGGAUCACUUACGAGAAGAUCGGAGGAUGUAAACUGAGAGUUGGACAUCCUGGAAACUACAGCGUGAGAAUCCGGGCCACUUCACUUGCAGGAAACGGUUCCUGGACCGAGCCCGUGUUCUUCUUCAUGCCUGACAAUUACAUGAGUUUAAAGAUCAUCAUCGGGCCGAUUAUUCUUCUGGUCAUCCUGCUGCUGGCUGGCAUUGCUGGAUUUUGGGUCCUGAGGAAGAAACAAGCCGAGGGACCCACCGGGCCCUUAAUCGCCUCAUCAAAUCCAGAGUACAUCAGCGCCAACGAUGUGUACGUCCCUGACGACUGGGAGGUGGCGCGGGACAAGAUCAACCUCCUGCGUGAGCUGGGUCAGGGCUCCUUCGGCAUGGUGUACGAGGGCAUCGCCAAGGAUAUCGUCAAAGGAGAACCCGAAAUCCGAGUGGCCGUGAAGACCGUCAACGAGUCGGCGAGCCUGCGGGAGAGGAUCGAGUUCCUCAACGAGGCUUCGGUUAUGAAAGCUUUCAGCUGCCAUCAUGUGGUGCGCCUUUUGGGUGUCGUAUCCAAAGGACAGCCGACGUUGGUGGUGAUGGAGCUGAUGACACAUGGAGAUCUGAAAAGCUUCCUGCGAUGUCUUAGACCUGAUUCCGAGAAUAACCCAGGUCGCCCCCCGCUCACGCUGAAAGAGAUUAUCCAGAUGGCGGCGGAGAUCGCAGACGGUAUGGCCUACCUCAACGCUAAGAAGUUUGUGCACAGAGACCUCGCUGCUCGCAACUGCAUGGUAUCCGAGGACCUCGCGGUGAAGAUCGGAGAUUUUGGCAUGACCCGGGACAUUUACGAGACUGAUUAUUACCGGAAAGGAGGGAAGGGCCUGCUGCCCGUCAGAUGGAUGGCACCAGAAUCGCUGAAGGACGGAGUGUUCACUACACAUUCGGACUGCUGGUCCUUCGGCGUGGUGCUGUGGGAGAUCAGUACGUUGGCCGAGCAGCCGUAUCAGGGUCUCUCCAACGAGCAGGUGCUGAAAUUCGUCAUGGACGGGGGGCACCUGGACCAACCGGAGAACUGCGUAGAGAGGAUACUUAACCUGAUGCAGAUGUGCUGGCAGUACAACCCAAAGAUGCGCCCCACCUUCACAGAGAUCAUCGAGAUGCUGAGGGAUGACCUGCACCCGUCCUUCCAGGAGCUCUCCUUCUUCUACAGCGAGGAGAACAAGGCGCCCGAGAGCGAGGACUUCGACAUGGACUUCGAGAACAUGGAGAACAUCCCGCUGGACCCGUCCUCGUAUAACCAGCGCGAGGAGGGAGGCUUCGGCAGGGACAGCGGCCCCUACGACGAGCACGUGCCUUACACGCACAUGAACGGGGGCAAGAAAAACGGCCGAAUACUGUCCUUACCCCGGUCCAGUCCCUCAUAACAUCUCCUUACCUUUUUUUUUUUUGUUCGUUGUUUUUAAUUGUGCUUUUUUGCAGAGGCCCUUAAAAACAGAUCUCAGGUCUAGUUUUUGUUUUGUUUGUUUUGGGAGGACUUCCUUUCUUCCUGCUGCCCAGUGACACGACCCGGAUGCCGCCUCCUCGCUCGCGGGUCGCCUGGGUCACUGUUCGCUCUCGUCUUUCAUUUUUGCCAAGUUUCCUGGUUGAUGAAAUCUAUAAAACUGUGAAUAUGAAACGAACCCGUAACCAGAAAGCUGCUUCAGCAAAAAACCUCAAGAAUUUCCUCAGUUUUCACUCACACUUUUGUCUUGAUUAUUUUUUUAAAUGAUUUUUAGAUCGUGGCCUUUACGAGAGCCCCGAUUCCUCUGAACAACGACUAGCGUGUUGGGCGGUGAACCCGCAGGAUGGCACAGACUCUUCGAGAAGCAAACGUCGUCCUUUCGGUGAGGAACCACUUCGUUCCGGUCCCGGUGGAUUAACUCCGAUCCGUCUGGUGUUUGGUGAACGCGUUUUUAAUUUAUUAGCUUUGUGUUUUCCUCCUCCCUCGUCGUGGUUUUAUCCUCGUAUCCUUUUUUUAUGACUGAAGGAUAUUUAAACAGUUCGGACCGAGGUGUUCCUCAGACUGACCAAAAGCUGCUGCUUUGAUAUCUAAUGGGUAUAAAUAUAUAAUAUAUACGAUGUGUAGAAUAUUGAUGGGUGUCAAUAUUUUAUAUACAACAUGGGCAAACGUUGAGAAUUGUUUUGUACAUAGUUCAGUUUUUCUAAAGUUUUCAGAUAUCAGAUCUAUUUUUUCAGUGAUUUUUUCAAUGUGUUUUUUGUUUUUUUGUUGGUUUUACUUUUGAAAAUCACUCACCAGUUCAACUCAGUACUCGAGCAGACACAAGAUGUAGGAUAAACAGGGGGCGCUAUAACAGCAGGAUAGACAGAGAGACCCGAUCGUUCAAUUUUAUCCCAUUUUAUAGACGUUAGUGACAAAAGCUAAACGUUCCUGUAUGUUUCUAAGCGUUUGUUCCUUUAUUUUUGACCCGCCGUCCGAAAUAUGAGCAAAAAUAAUUAAUCUGAAUUCUUUAGUCUGAUCCUUUCCAAUCAAUCGGGGGGAUUUGAUCAGCUCGUCCAAAUCUCGUUCAAAUCCAGACGAACGAAGAAAAUACUAAGAAAUUCAACUUUAUACUCAAAUUAUCUUACGGAUUUUAUGAUUUGUAAUGAAACACGUUGUAUUAAAUUUAAAAAAAAAGCAAAAUAGAAGCAAUUUCACUAGUGGUCAGAAUUUUGACUCCAUUGAAUACCAACCAAAAAUGUUAAAAAAAUAAAAGAACGACCAAAAAAAAAACUGGUACAUGAAUCUAUUUUCGUGUACACUGGGCAACUUGAGGACAUGGUGGAGGGUUAGACAAGUACUAAAUGACAGAUCUGCUCUCAGAAAAGAAUUCUUUUUCUUAUUUCGGGUGCUCCUAUAUUUUACGGGUCGCCUCAGCGGAUCAUUCUGGUCCGAAUACUUUAGAAUAAUAAUGAAAUAAUGUGGCGUGAUUUAUCUCAAACACUACAGCAGUUCCUGUUACGUUAUUAUAUUAUUAUUUCAGCUUUUACCUCAGAUUAAAAAUAGCUGUUAGUAAAUGUUGAUUAAAGCAGACGGAUGGAAACAGACUCCAGACUAAAUCAGAUGCCAAACCGCUUAAAUCUGUCUACAUUAAAAAUAUGUGGCAAACAGAAUGAAACACACAAUCCAAAAUCAAACUUAAUGAGAUAUGUCCUGUCAUUCUCACAAAAUUAAAAAUACAACCAGAGAAACGUGUUGUAUCAAGAUGCCGCAUCGGACACACGCAUUUAACACAGUCGUAUCUUAUUAGGCAAGGCACAUUUAUCUGUAUAGCACCUUUCAUACACUGUGGUAAUUCAAAAAGCAUUAAAACAUUCCUGAGAUCCAGAACCUCAGAAAGGCUUUUAGCAAAUACAGCAGACCCUUGACUUAGGAAUGUAAUUGGUUCCAAAGCACUGUUCUUAAGUCAAAAUGUUUGUUGGUUAAACCUGUUUUUCCCAUAAGAAAUAAUGUAAACAGAAUUAAUCUGUGCCAGACCUCCCAAACCCCCCUUACCCCUAACCUAACCUCUCUAAUGUCUUAAAUGCUCUUUUUUGUUAUAAAUACACGUAUAUUCUCCCUUAAAUCUUAAAUUAUAGAAUAGACAUUCCUGUAAUAAACAAUAAUAAACAAUAAUACACAGUAGUACUGUACAUAAACACACAUCACAUUUCAGUUCAGUACGUGUGCUGUAUCAUACACCAUAAUACAUUUCCUUCUUUAUAUAUAAAAUGUAUCUACCAGAAACAACAAUAACUCUCAUAUUUCUCUAUUAUUUCCUUCUUUAUUUCAGUAGUGUUGUAUUUUGUAGGUGUAACUGCACGAAAGAAAGAAUACUUUACUGAGCCGAAUUCCUUCUUCUCUCUCACUCACUGUCCCCUCUGUCUGAUACACAGUGACACCUACUGGCAGGAGUAAUUAUACAACAACAAAUGUAAUAGAUUUUUUAAUUUUCUCACCACUGCGCUUCCUCUGCACCUUCUUUGAGGCCAUUUUAAUAUAGAAUUUUACAAAAUAUAAAGAAAACACCGAAAAAACACCGUCUGCUGUCCGAAUGUUCGCUCACUAUAUAUAUAUAUAUAUAUAUAUAUAUAUAGAGAGAGAGAGAGAGAGAGAGAGAGAGAGAGACGGUCGGAGUAAACUUGUUCGUGACUUGUUCGUAAUUCGAAAUUUGUUCGUACGUUAAGUUGAAAAAAAAGAUCAUUCGUAACCCAAAAUGUUUGUCUGGUAAACCGUUCGUAACUCAAGGGUCUACUGUAUGGUAACGUGAAAGAAUAAAAUAUAAGGGGGAAGAUACCUCAUUAUGUGAUAUUUGCCAAAUACCUUUCUCUAUAAAACAUAUACUGACUGAAUGUCUGAAAUGAUACCGAAAACUAUCAUAAUAAAUUUGAACCAAGCCAACAUCGAAACGCCCUCGAUUUCUUAAAAAUAAUAGGUCUAAAAGAACGCAUAUAAAACAGCACACACAUUAAAAUGAUCCUCCCCUCCUGCUGUAAAUAUAACCACUGUGUAAACACGGUGUAAAACAUCUAAAUAAAGAAGUAAAUAAACAGAAUAAAUCAUCUCCCUCACGGUCUGGACCGGCUAGUCUGGUGGUGUAACAUCUCUUAUGACCGACCGCUCGUACGCCAGUCAUGAGGCUGGAUGUUAAACCAUGAGACUCGGUUCACUUAACAAACAUGAAGAACUUCCUCUGAGCUCUUCCAAAAUGUCUUAAUUUAACCAAACCACUUAGUGCUGUUUAGCACAUGCUAACCACCCAGAUCUAUAAAUUGACAUCUGUGUCAUGCACGGUUUCGGUUUGUUUUGGUUGAGCAGAUUUAGUGACAGGACACAAAGAGCAAAAAAGGAAGUAGCACAGACGAUUAACAAAACCCAAAAAACACCCAAACGUUCAAAUUAUAGUCAUACAAAUAUUCUGAUAAAGCAGGACUGUUUUUAUUAGCUGGAAAUCCCAACAUCAUAGAUGAAGUGGAAGCUACUGGGGCAUGAAACGAAUAGCUUUCGUGUUCCUCUAACUCUUAGCGGUGCUAACAGAAGCUAACAGAGCACAGAGAUAAAAUGAUUGCCAUAUUCAUGUCAUUUCACCUCCUCAUAUGCUAACGUCGCUAUUAGAAGCUAUUAGCACGAAACGCUAAAGUUACUGUUAAUGUUGGUAAUAACCUAUACAGAAAUGCUAACAUGCUAAUGCUAACGGACACUAGCAAGGCAUUGAAACAAGCCUUUUGACAUUUCUGUUAGAGGAAUGUAAGCUCAGUAUCAGUAAUGCUAAAAUGGCUAAUAUAAUCUUGUUACUGCUAGCAAUUAUGAACUUCUACAUAAAUUCUACAAAUACUUAUGUGGCUAACAGAAGUGGGAAAACCCACAUGGGAAUCUGCAGGCACCCUAAAGUUUGAUAGGGCGAAAUUUGGGCUACCUGUUAAUGGCUAAAGCUCAAGGGCCGAUUAUUGACCACUAAGCGACGUUAUAUGAACCUUAUGACCGCGCCAACAGGUCCGGUGCUGCUCUGUUUUUCAGGUAGCAGAGCUCUACUGCUGCCACUUCCAAACGCACUAACACCGCUAGCAGAAUCAAACAGAUCAUGAAACUCAUGUGGAGCUAACGUUAGCACUAUGGUUUGAGUUUGGCCAAGACUUAACGAUGCAGAUUUGAUCAUAACAAUUGUUACCUGAAAGUUUGAUGUGUAAAAAUGGUGUAUAAAUAAUGUACAAGUCCUCCUAGCUAUCUUCACCCUGUUAGCAUACGCGUUUAUAAACCUCAUCUACAUAGCAUAUCGACGUAAAUAUUGUAUCAUAUCAGUCAGUCAUAUCAAAUCCACUUGUUUAAAUUGCUAGGCUUUGCAUACGGCGGGUAAAUCAGAAGUUUUAUUAUAAUUUGCUUGUUUCUUUAGUUUUUAGACACAGUCUACCUCAGAAUUUUACGAAAUACAGUCGAGCGGAUCGAGUAGCAACAUUAAAGCGAAGAGCUCGGAAAGAUUUAGUGCUCUGCAGGAUAAUAAAUCACAUUAUGGUCCAAAGAUUCACGUUUAGAAAGUUGUGGACCUGAUUAAAAUGUAAUAUUUUAAUUUGUGUGCACUUUAUAGUCACACUAAAAGAACAAACAAAGAAAAAUUUUUUAUUAUUUAUUUUUUAUUAUUAUUUUUAUUUUUAAGACUUCCAAGGCUAAUAUAUGUGAGGCAAAAAAAUCACCUAGUUAAGUGCCAGCAGUGAAGCAGAUUAAAAACAGACAAACCUUUUAUUUUUACAGAUUUUAUUUAUUUAAAAGCAGUCAAACAUUUAUUUUAGAGUUCUAAUAUACUUUUAUUAGUUAAAAAGACAGAAAAUGUCUCGCAGUCCUUCAGGAGGUCGUAUCAGAGACUGUAACUGUCCUGUACGGUUGCCUUUUUCUUAAAAUAUAAAAAUAUAUAUACAUUUAUGUUUAUGGGUGUGUUUCCCAUCUUGUGCCCUAAUUCUAACAUUCUAAAGCAAGUUUAUAAAGUUAGACCACAUUUACGCAGCUAACACCAGAAUUAAGCCUCAGACGCGAAGUUAGCUCUGACAAACAACAUCCAAAAUGAAAAAUUACAUUUUAAUAAAUGUUUAAAUCAUGCCUUUUUAAAUCACGACAUGCACCGUUGUGAUCGUUAUGUUAUGUACAUUUUAUGUUAAAUUUAAGUAAGAACGUUUGUUUUAAACAGUGACACACACUUAGCAAGGUUAGCAAACUAGCAUGUGAGCUUAAGAUCGAGCGCCCCCUAAAGUUAGCAGCGAACAGAUAAAAUCCAUGACUUAUUAAAGUGCAGGAUUUGCUUACUGAAAUAUGAAAGUGCUUCAUGAGCUUUAACGAGGCUCAUUCUUUAAAAUACAAACAUUAAUACGGAAUGCUACGUGCUACACACACUGCGUCUUUAAUCCCACACUAAGUGACGUUCACGUUCACCCAACGAUAAUCCGCGUCAUCUAAGUCACUACAUCACACCAAAAUCUACUUUUUUAUAAAAACUGUCGAGGUGAGUGAUGGGACGAGGGGGGUUCUGAAUACAGUCAACCAAAUUUAGCAUUAGCAUUAGUCUGCGCUCCAGGUUUGCUUUUCUUGUGUGACCCAUGUGAAAAUGUCUCAUCUUUGGGAAGCGAAACUGAAUGAAACAGCUUUUAUUUCAUCCAAUAAUUAUUGAUUAAUGUGAUCUGGGGGAUUUUAUCUAUCGUUUUUGUUGUUUUUGCUGUUUUUGUUGUUUUUGAAAUAUCAAAAUGCUUCUAUUCUAAAUGCAUCAAUGGCAGCGAUGCAACUGUAAUGAAAAAAUAAGAAAUUAUUACAAAUUUAAUACAUUUGAUCAUUAUUAGAAUCUUUAUGUAGCUUUGUUUUCAUUGUCUUGACCAAAAAAGACUAAAAUCUUUAAAGAUAAACUUCUUUAGGUCCGCUGGGGGAAAUACAGUAUGUUGCUCUAGUAUAUUUGCUAUGAGCAUUUAUUCAAAAUUAAUGUAGUUUUUUCAUUUCCAUCACUGUAUCAUGGUCAGGGUUGUGGUGGGUCCGGUUUCACUGGGCUUGAAUACCCUGGACAGGGUGCCAGUUCAUUGUAGGGUUUCAGCCACCCCCCUCCCUUAGACACAGCCAGUCGUCACCACCUGAGCACCUAUUUAUUAUUAUUAUUAAUAUUGCAAAAACUACAACCUGCACCUUUCGACUUUAGUGACAUUUUUAAAUCGUGAACGUCCUAAAAUAAUCCCAAUAAUUAUGCCACACAUCAAAAUCAAACUUGUUGGAACGAGUGAGGCGAGAAUGAUCGUUUUAUUGGUGUUUUUUGUUUGAUACACAAGCAAAACUAAAUAAAUUUAGCAUUAGCAUUGUAGCAUCUAGCCUUAUAUUUUCAUGUGAACGUUUCAUGUUUUUCGUUUUAUUUCCUUUAUGAUUCAGUCAGAACUAAAAAUUCCCCCCUUUGUGAUCCAAAUGUGAUUUUAUUCUCUGUUAAAAUGUUGUUUCUGUCUGUUCGGUGUAUUUUUCUUUACUGUGAACUCGGAGAAUGAUUUUGCUAUUUGCUAACUUUGUGUUGUUUUGGUUUGGCGGAGAUGGACGAUGCUGGACGAUGCUCGCCUCCCCUCCUGCCCGGGUUUUUAGCUCUUCUAGGACAAUAAUCCUGUGUGCCAAAAAAAAAUGCAUCAUUUUUAUUUUAUUUUAUUUGUAUUUUCUGUUUUCGUUUGAAUCUCAGCUUUGCAGAAAUGAUUUCUCAGGGAGGCUCGGUCAUGUGAAGCCUCUUGUUCAUGCUGGAAAUCCAACUCGCGGAUUCUGGUGGCGGAAUUGAAGAGCAUCGGGAGGAUUUUUGGGUCGUCCGGAGCCCCUCGGCUUGACCCGUAGUGCCUUGCACAGACUACAGACUUCAAACCAAACCCAGCCGUGGAUCGGAACUCCCUGAACUCGAGCCUCGUUUGGGACGCGGAGUUCGAACCCAGAUUUCAGGGCUCGUCGGAGGGUGAAACGUUUGUCUGCUUGGCUCGACAUUACUGUAUCGGUUAUAUGUGAAUGAUCUGUGUUUGUUGGGGUUUCGUUUGUUUUUGGGAGGGUUUGUGCUUCAUAUUUAAAGCUGAAAUUCGUCUCUGCUUGGAUUUGCUGUGGCGUUUUGCUUCAUGCAGCAAAGCAAAUAUCAAAUCGAUCCACCUUGCGCAGCCCCUGAUUCAAGAUUCAACACGAUCAAACAGAUGAGAACAGGAUACGUCCCAAAUCUGAAUUAUUUAUAGACAUCACAUUUCGGUCAUUUACUGCACAUAGAGUCACAAACCAAACACAAAGCACUUAAUUUUUAGGGUAAAAAAGUUGAAAAGCGAGCUGGAAGGUCGACUGCGACAGGCUGAGGACGAAGCAUUGUUUGUGUUUGUAUUUUACUGUUCUGAGAGAGAUAAAGUAUUAUUACAUUUAGAGAUGUUCCUUUCUAUUUUUUUUAGCUAUAAAUAAACCGGGGCGAAUUCUGAACGACUUUUCUUCCCGACUGUACACUUUUGCUAUUAUUGUACAUUAAGAUUUGGAUUAAGAUGAAUUUUGUACAUAGACCUUUUUAAGAAAAAACACACAAAAAAUAUAAAGAAAGAAAAGCGUCACGUCCUCUCGGUCCCGGGCGGCGGUCUGGAUGCGACUUUUCUUUUCGUGGUUUUAUUUCAUUGUCUUGUACAGACACAUGUUUGCUAUUUGUUGAAGCUUCCUCACGAUCAAAUUCUCCGAGUUUUAUAGCACAAUCAGAUCAUUUUUCUUAAUUAAGCUGCUUUUUCUGACAUGAAAUUCUCCUCACAGAGAGCAUCACAUGUGGACGAGACCUCUGCAGGGUUCCUCUGGCCUUACAUUGUUCUUAACUUCUAAUAUGAUUUAAAUUCUGUAAAUCUGAACCCUAGACGUCUUUAAAGGUCUUAAAGGUUUCUGAUGUUUGUGUUGGUUGUGUUUUAUUAAACAGACGCUUCAGUGAUUUUUCACUUCUCUUCA